CCUCACCCAAAAUGGCGGCGGGCGCGUCCGGCCCUCCCUGAGGCGGGUUCUGUGUGAGGGCGCGGGAGUCGCGGCGGCUGCGGGUCCCUCAGAGCGCGGCCGGAGCCGGGCAGUGAGGUUUCAUGAGUCACACUGGGCUGUUGGGAGUUUUUGAAGAUGUACAUGUUGGUUGAAAACCGCACGAGUUCCCUCCUUCAUCUGAAGAGGUCACCUGGCAUCCGGUCCUGGUCCCUCUGUGUUGGCAUAGCCUCCAUAGGUUUGGCUGCUGCUUAUUACAGUGCAGACAGCUUGGCAUGGAAGCUCUUCUAUAUGGCUGGGUGUUUCUUUGUGGCAGCACAGAACCUGGAGCAGUGGGAGGAAGCUGUAUUUGAUAAGAACAAGGGAACGGUUUGCCUAAAAACAUUCAAUCUGUACAAAAAAAUACUGACCUUGUCCAAAGGAGGCCAUGAACAAGUGGUGGCUCUGCUGAGCGAGAUCCGGGAUGUGAACGUGGAGGAGGAGACCGUGCGCUACUUUGGGAAGGGUCACCUGGUGGUGCUGCGCUUUGUCACUGGAUUCUCACACCCCCUGACCCAGAGUGCAGUGCUGGGCUGCAGAAGUGAUGUGGAAGCAGUUGCCAAACUCAUUACUAAUUUUCUGGAGCUGCACAGAGUAGAAAGCCCCCAAGAUUUCUCUCAGAGCAGCGAAACAGAGGCGAGUGAUGCAGAUGAACCACAGGAUAAAUACUAAUAGUCAUCAUGAGCUGAAGCAAGCAGAGGCUUUCACACAUUUGGAAAACACUCCGAUUGUUCUUCAGAAAAAGAAAUCCCUCACAACCUUGGCCUGGGCAUUUCUCUACAAUUUACAAUGGGAGGAAUCUGUCUUAAUGCACCUCAUUUAGUGCUAAACUGCUUCGAGACCCACGUUCCAAGAAUUGAUGUUGUAGAGUCCAAAGCAAAUUCUGUUUCAUUUGCUCUUCUGCCUUAAUUCCUGCAUGUGGACACUGCUGGCUUUUGAACUUUGUCAGCUCACCAAACUUGUCUAGGAAUAAUUAUUUAUUGAUGGAUUGGUAUGAAAUAAUUGCUUUCCCAUUAGUGAAGCGGAGGUGCAGAUGUGAACAGCCUCUUACUGCAAACUUCUGCUGCAGGUACAGUAUAUGAAGAGUAGAAGAGUUGAGUUUGUAACUCCUGACACAACGUUUUGAGGUUUGUCUUGAAAUGUUAUGACUGAAUAUAUUGCUAAAUCCGUUUUAAGCAGCUUAAUAUAUGCAAUUAGGUGAUGCAGAGUAGUGGCACUUUUAUAUUCUCUACUACUGACUUGCCAUUAGAUACCCAUGGAAAUUUAAGUGAGUACCUGUCUUGGAAUUCGGAACAUCAGGUUGUUUAACCUGUAACGUUGUUUUAAUUUCCCUUGGACUGGCUGAGGAGCCAUGAAUAGCAAAGGGAAGAAUGAUCAUGCUGAUGAUUCAAUGUCUUUGGGAUAUUCUAGAUUAACCCUGUUCUGCUUCACUUCUGGGCACAGACUGCCCCAGGACUGAAUAACUUUUUCCUAGACCUCAGUGUUUACUAUUUUAACUGUGUGUUUAGAAAGGAAGCAAGGACAUCUGUUACUUUAGGUAGGGAAAAGUCUGAUGUCAAACAACAUGGUAGCCUAGAGUUGUUUAGUAUUUCCUCACUUGCAAUACCAAAGUGCUAAAUAAUAAUUUUUUUAAGAUAGGUGGGAUAGAUUCCAUGUUUGACUUGUACCAUGUUUUACUCCAGGUGUGUGGUGUCCUCUGUUCUGACCAGUGAUUUCACAAAUAGUUAAAAUAUUAACUUUUCAAGGUAUUUUUUGAAGUAAAAGCUACCUCUCUAAGUCAACAUAUUCUGUCUAGAAGUAAAACUCCAUCGUGUCUACAUCGAUAUGUCAGUACAAGAACAAAAUUGUAAAGACCUGAAAGCUCCUUCAAACAUGCUUGUACUGAAGUUCCCUAGGUUUUAUUUAGGAAUCUUAUGGUCUUAAGACCUGAAUUAGAAAAUACUUACACAGUUACUUCUAGGAAAUGUGAACAGGGUACAAGUAACUGUUGUCUACUUUUGGUUGGCCAGCAGCAAAUGUCUUCUGGCAGCAGUUCCUUUAGGACUUAAGAGCUGUGUUUGUGUUUCAAAUUGCUCUACCUCUACAGAGACAAGGCUCUGAAAAGCUUUCAGCAGGAGCCAUGUCCUGUUGUGUGUCCCACAGACCUGGAACUGAGCACCUGCUGCUCUGACCAAACCCAGGUGGUACCAGGAUUUGCCUUCCAGCUGCUCAGCCCUGGCACGUGGCUGUGAGGCAAAGAUUCAGUGCUGGCAGUGGGAAGGUAAUCCCCCUGCAACAGGGAGAUGUUUCCUUUAAAUAGGAAAAGACCUUUGUAACACAUCAGGUACCAAGGCAGACCUCUGCCAGUACAUGUUUGUAAAGUCCUCUGAGUCAAUGCCAUAAUCAUGUGGUUUUCAGUCCCUACCCCACAUCACUGCAACUGGGAAGGUGCUGUGUAUGAAUGUGGGAAAAUUGGCAAUUAGCUGAAUUUGGCCUUUAUUCUGAAGCACAGCUGUAGGUUGAGCAUAGUUAUCAAACCUGUUUAAAUGUUGCAGGGUGUAACACCUUGGAGAGCUCCUCGUUUAAAUCCAUUGUAAUAUAUACCCGAAGUGGUGCUCAUUUGACAGAGAGGAGAAUGGCAUUGGGGAUUUGGAGAACUCUUCCUACAGUGUAAAGUGAGAAUGAUGAGUGUUCUCAGGACUUCCAGUAAGAAAUACUGAAAAAGCCUAGAGUAUUUAAUGGUACAAUGUAGGCACAGCCUGUGGUAACUGCUGCUCUGUGUCAAGGACAUGCAGAGGCCAUUUGUGUUGUGCACUGCACUUACAUUCUGAGCCCAUGGAGUGGACCAUGGAUAAAACAGGAAAAACUACCUGCAUUCAGUCAUAGAUAUAUUAGGUAUCUUUUGUAUUCCCAUAAGAGCUGACAUUCCAUGGAAGAUGUAAACCAUGCUAUAGUUUUCCAGUUAAAAUCAGCUUUUGAAAGGUACGUCUGCUGGUGUAACCCUGCACUGCAUCCUGUGUCCUGCUUCUGCUGAGCUCUUGUGCAUUCAGCUUGCUGUGCAUUCCUAGUGUCAGUCAUGGAUGUCCUGAUGGACUAUGCAGGGUCUCACACAAACACUGAAACAAUGUAAGGAAAAUUGAGAAUCCCUAGAAAGGGGAAUGACCUAUAAUAAGGUACAACAUGGCUUAAAGUACAUCCCGUGGAGUAAGUUGCCUUUUGGUUUGAUGUCCAGUGAUCACCUCUUUGAAGGUGCUGUGUGGUGUCCCCCUCAGCCCUCAGUGUCCUGCAGUGGUGGCAGGAGAGGGAUGGCAGCUGCCAUGCACUGUGUGUCUGGGAGGAUGUUUUGACUCCUCAGCCUCAGAGCAGCUGAGCCAUUCCCUCUACUGCCACUUCCAUUUGGCAUUGGGCAGCUCUGCCACUGUACAAACAAGUACAGCUCCAAUGGGAACCUGAAUUCCAUAGUCUGAGCUAAAGGGAAGCACUGAGGGAAUUGUCUCUUACUGUGGGUUUUGCCUGGUGUAUUUGGGCACUGCUGUCUGAUACACUUGGGAGCUUCUUGUUUCUCUUGGUCCACGUUUGCUUCCUGUCCUCAAAAACUUUAUCUUUUGUAGCUGGAAGACAUCACCACGUUUUCAUGUUUUGCAGUAACUGUGUGUAAAUUUAACUUGCAAAUUGCCUUAAACAUGGAUUUGGUUCUGGCAGUGUCUGUGCACUCCUCAGUGAUGUGGUGCAGCUUGAACUGUUGAGGAAGCAGGUGCUAACUCAGGACAGGUGCUGUUCUUCCCUCUUUGGACUAGUCCUCUCUCAUCCUCCUCUUUUGCCACUUCUUACCAUUUUGCCAAAGGCUUUUUUGAAUGGUUUUCCUCACUCCUCCUGGGCCCAGCAGUUUGAAAGGCCCAGUAAAUGUAGCCUUAGGUGUGCCUGGUGUGAAGUGGCUUGGACUCAAAGAAUGAUGUGAAAGACUAGUUUUGUUAGGAGAUUAGGUACUCCUGGGACAGUAUUACAGGAGAUGUAGUUGUCUUUUUUGCAUAUCAGGCCAUCUACUGACUUGUGCCUGCACAGCUGUACUUUAUAAGACUUAGAAAUUAUUUAAAACCAGAGCUUAGGUUAGACCUAACACCCUGCCCCAUAAAACCAACCCCUUCUGUCAUGUCCUUUACCACAACUGUGCUGUAGUGAUGAAACCCAGAGUGCAUGGAGUGCAUGCUGUACAGAGGGAGAACACUGCUUUAGGUAAGGUACAAUCCAAUAUUGGGAUAUUUCGCAGGGAAUUAGCGUCAAUUGUGCAAGUCUCAAAAGAAAAUCAAAGUAUUUAAACUGUCUAGUUGAUAUCUGACUCUUGGGCUGUAUUUAUGAAGUUACAGAUACCAAAAACUUAGCUGGCUUAAUAGUAAAUAAAGAGUGCUAGUCCUGACACUGUCAUAGAUUGCUGAGAGGCAAAAAUCCUUCUUGAAACUGUUUAGAAAUUGCCUUUUUUUUUACUGUAAAAUUGCAAGUAGAAUUGCAGCAAGGCCUUGUUAUACUGUCUUUUUUUUAAAAAAAAGUCCAUUGAUAAAAUCAACUUUGAUAACUUGUUUUGCAUCACUGUAGUAUUUUGUAUUGUUUUUAAUUAAAAUUAUUAAAAUAUCAA